ACAGCACUCAACAUUACAACAACGUUGCAAUAAUAUUGUGCUGCAAGAUCGCAAUAUUUCAAAUAGUGUUGCUGCAACAUUACUACAAUGUCUCUAGUCUCGUCAUAUAAUAUUGCAGGCAAUAGUGCAAACGAAUUUCAAGCAUAUUUCUAUUUUUCAUAGUAAUAUAGUUUAAAGCCAAUAAAAUUCACAUAUUGGAGGAAGCAAAUCUGAUUCUCUUCAAACUUGCCUCGCAUUGGUUUAAAUUAGAUUCGCGUCUAACGCGAUUGAACGCGAUGAACAAUUCCUCGUUGAGCAGGGUUUGUGUAUAAAAUGAAUAAAGAUCGAAAGUUUGAUUUAAACUGAUUCGUUAAAAGUAGCUCUUAAAAAUAUAAAUUAAUUACAAAUCUAGUGCACACGUAUGUAUGUACAUAUGUAAGUGAGGGCGCAAAUAGUAUUUUCCUGCGAUACGAGUCCAAAAUGUCAGACAUUGAUAAAUGGAUGGAAAUUGCAAAAGAAUGCAAAUAUCUCCCCGAAAAUGACCUCAAGAAACUUUGUGACAUUGUAUGUGACAUAUUAUUGGAAGAAUCAAAUAUCCAACCUGUAUCCACUCCGGUAACGGUAUGUGGAGAUAUUCAUGGUCAGUUUUACGAUCUAGAAGAAUUAUUUCGUAAUGGAGGCGCCGUGCCUGAAACAAAUUAUAUAUUCAUGGGAGAUUUUGUAGAUAGGGGAUAUUACAGCGUCGAAACAUUUACACGCCUACUUACACUUAAAGCAAAGUGGUCUGAUAGAAUAACAUUGCUUAGAGGAAAUCAUGAAUCGAGACAAAUUACUCAUGUUUAUGGUUUUUAUGAUGAAUGUCAAAAUAAAUAUGGCAAUGCUAAUGCAUGGAAAUAUUGCUGUAAAGUGUUCGACUUACUAGCAGUUGCUGCCUUAAUCGACGACCAAGUACUUUGUGUACAUGGUGGGUUAUCUCCAGCCAUUAGGACACUAGAUCAAAUUAGGAUGAUUGAACGAAAUCAAGAAAUUCCACACAAAGGUAUUAUCAAGGCUUUAUAA